AUGGUAAUAGCAGUAGGUAACACAGGACUUAGACCAGUGGCUCUAGUCUAUGAUCAGGGCACAGCAUUUCAAUCUGCCCUGAAGAGCCUUCAAGAGGACACAAGGCGAGAGCAAAUAAUUUCAGGUGAAAGGAUUGAUGACGUGAUUGUAAUUAAUAACCAUACACUUAGUGUAAUUCACGAUCCACCUCAUCUAAUAAAAGGAUUAAGAAAUAAUUUCCUAAAUAAAGACAUAAAAUAUAAUGACAAGAUUUCGAAGUGGAGUGACAUUGCUGAAGUAUAUAAAACAGACUUCAAACUUGCACAGAUGAGGCUUUUACAUAAAUUAAAUGAUGAACAUGUGAUUCUAGAGAAAAUUAAAAAGAUGAAGGUUAAAAAUUGCACUAGUGUUUAG